GGCGAGACAUAGACUCUGCACUUGGCAUAUAGAUGAGAAUUCAAAGAAACACAUCAUGCAUCUACGCAAGAAGAUAAAUUUUGUUUCUCUUUUUGAUUAUGUUGUCAAACGAUGUGAUACUGUUGCAGAGUUUGAUUUCUAUUGGAAUGAAUUGAAUACAGUUUAUGAAUGCAGUGACAACACAUGGUUGAAGAGGCUGUACAGUCAUAAAGAAAAGUGGUGUCCUGCUUUUUCGAAGGAUUACUUCUCUGGUGGUGUUUUAUCCUCUCAAAGAAGUGAAUCUACAAAUAGAUCUAUAUCUAGAAGACUUACCAAGACUGCAACAUUAUGUGAUUUUUACAAAAUGUUUUGUGAUGUUGUUGAUGAAUGCAGGUUAGAUGAGAAUGGUCAUGAUUUUAGAUGUUCUGAAGGCACCGUUGAGAUGGUAUUGCUACAAGACACUUUGUUGACUCAUGCGAGAGAUGUGUAUACCCUUGAGAUUUUCAAAGUGUUCCAAGAACAAUAUUUGAAGGGUAUGUCACAUUUUUUUAAAUUAAUCUCACAGAAUUGUCAUGACUAUGUGUAUCAUGUUUGGUUGAAUGGGGUAGAUAUGAUUAGACACAGUGUUACUUUUAAUCGGCAUGACAACACAGUGACAUGCACUUGUAAGAUGUUUUCUGAAGUUGGCAUUUUUUGUAGACACAUUUUGCGUAUAUAUAAUGUGCAUUGUGUCAAAUGUAUUCCCCAAGUUUAUAUACUCUCUAGAUGGACAAAGGCUGCCAUUCUACCAAAUGUUAAUCUUUCUGUUACGCACGGAACCGAUAUUAUGUCUGGCAAAAUAUUGGAAGAUUCUGUUUGGAGAGUGCAAAUGACUAGGAAAUUCAACUCAGUAUUGAGUGCAAGUGCUGGUUUUCCUGAAGCUAGACGAGUAUGUGAUCAAGGAUACGAGUCUAUUAAACAUUUUUUAGAUGCACAAAGAGAUGCUUCUGUUGUGGAUGAAUCUGCUUCUAGGACAAUAUUGGAUCCUCCACGGUCUCGUUCUAAAGGUCAGCGAAAUACCCGAAAGAGAAGUAUUGUUGAGAAACAGUGCAAAAUAGUCAAAGCUCGCCGUUCAAAAUCCCAAAAUGUUGCCUCCAAUUCAAAAGCAGUUGCUCAAUCUGUUGUACAGGACACUGUUAAUUUCAUGGUUCCACAAGGUUAUGUACUUGCUCAUCCAAUUGGAGGAAUGAUGUCUUUAAUGCAUGUGUCUGGAUCUCCACAAGUUUUUGCUCCAUACUUCAUGCAAUCCAAUGCUUUGAACCAAAUGCAGAAUUAGUUAUAGUCACACAUGUUUGGAAAACCAAAUGCUUUGAGGAGUUUACAUAUCAUAUUGUGAACUUUUACUUUUGUUGCACCUUGAGUU